AGAGGAACAAAAUAAAAAGAAAUCUUUCAAAUUACACGUUAAACGCCAGAGCUUCAUAAUAAUAGUCCACCACAGCAGGCCGGCGAGCGAUCAGUUUCAGCUGAGUUAUCGGCGCGACAAGACGUUAAUUUCGGUGAAUUUGUUGACGGGAGCAGACGAGUAUUGAAAGGGCACAUGCUUGUACUGGCGCAUGGAAAUUUAAUACUACAAUAACAAUAAAAACAACAACAAUUAAGAAUUAAUAGUUAAUAUACUAUUGUAUGAUAGUUGAAAAGUAUAAUUUAGAAAAUUAUUUGUGUCAAUAAAUUAUAAAGUGUUGAUCGUGUUUAAUUCACGUAACGAGCAGGUGAUCACGGGAAACAAAAUUUGAAUAAUCAAAAGAGAAAAAGAUUUAAAGCAUUUGUGAUGAGUGCGCUAAUCUUCUGCGUUGGCACCGUACUGGGCUAUGUGCUCUACUUGCUAAUGAAAUCCGUCAAACGUCCAGCAAAUUUUCCACCAGGACCCGAUUUUAUGCCAUGGGUGGGCAACACAAUACAAUUGCGCAAGGAGGCACGCGCCAGCGGUGGUCAACAUUUGGUAUUUGAAAAGUGGUCGAAGGAGUACAACAGCAACAUCUUGGGUCUCAAAUUGGGCAAUGAGUAUGUGGUCGUCGCGCUGUCCUAUCCACUCGUACACGAAGUGCACUUAAGUGAAGUGUACGAUGCAAGGCCGGAUAAUUUCUUCCUACGCCUGCGCACAAUGGGCACACGCAAGGGCAUCACGUGUACGGAUGGCCAACUAUGGCAGGAACAUCGUAGUUUUGCUAUGCGUCAGAUGCGACACGUCGGCUACGGGCGUACUGAAAUGGAACAGUACAUUGAGAAGGAGGCGGGCAGUUUGCUUAGCUAUAUUGAUGAACUGAAGGAGGAACCCGUCUGGCCGGGCUCAUUUCUGGCGCCCAGCGUACUCAAUGUACUAUGGACACUGACAGCCGGCAGGGGCAUUGGACGUGGCGAUAAACGUUUGCAAAAAUUGCUGGAAUUACUAAAUCGGCGCUCCAAAGUUUUCGACAUCUGUGGUGGCGUCUUGUCGCAAAUGCCUUGGUUGCGUUAUUUCGCGCCCAAUUGGACUGGUUACAAUUUGAUUUGUCAAAUGAAUCAGGAGAUGCACGCGUUCUUUUUGGAGGCGAUUAAUGAGCAUCGUGCGAGUAUUACAAAAGAGAAUGCGGAGAGUGAUCUCAUCUAUGCGUAUAUACGUGAGAUGAAUGAGCGCAGUGACGAAGCGGAGAAUAGCACUUUUAGUGAAACCCAAUUGACAAUGACCAUACUGGAUUUCUUCAUUGCGGGCUCCCAAACCACCAGCAAUACCACCGACUUGGCUUUAAUGAUGUUGGCGUUAAAUCGUGAGGUGCAGCAGCGGGUCUAUGACGAAAUCAAUGAUAAUUUGGUGAAAAGUAAAAUUCCGCUCAACCUUUGUAAUCGAGAAUACUUCCCCUACACGAACGCUUUCAUUAUGGAAGUGCAACGUUACUUCCACAUCACACCUGUCACCGGUCCGAGACGUGCGCUGCGCAACACUACACUCGGCGGUUAUAAUAUACCGAAAAAUACAACGGUAUUGAUUGGUUUGCGUACGGUGCAUAUGGACAAAGCUCAUUGGGGCGAUCCGGAGUGUUUCCGGCCGGAGCGUUUUAUUGACGCCGAUGGCAAGAUCUUUCGCGAUGAAUACUUCAUGCCAUUCGGUCAGGGACGUCGUCGCUGUUUGGGUGACGCUUUAGCGCGUGCCUGUCUAUUCUCGUUCCUCUCAAAGAUCGUGCAUCGUUUUCGCAUUGAGUUGUGCGAGGAGGACUUGCCGUCCGUGGUACUGCAGCCGGGCAUUACUCUGACACCGAAACCGUAUAAAGUACGGUUUGUACAACGGAGUUGAGCGUGCGCUGCAAUGGCUGAACACUCGGCUGGCGUAUCGAGCUCGAAUUGGGGGAGUAUAGAAUAUUUUUGUUAGACAAAAGUAUCACAAAACUGACUAUUGUUUUGUUGAUUGACAAAAUAUGUUUUUUAUAAGAAUUCAUGUUAAUAAAUAAACACUUAA